UGUGAACUUUCGGGCUAAAGCCCAGGGCCCACCAAGCCGACUGCAGGGCGUCUAAUAACAUCGAGCCGGUUGAUGAGUGAUUGUGGGCCAACGGUGUGCGCAUUAGUGUCAGCUUGGUUACGGCACAUUUAACAUGUUGAAAUCGGUGUCUGAGCUGUCGUUAAGGUUUGCUCUGCCUAUUUUGCUUUCCUACGUUUUCCUUUCUCACAGUAGAGAUCACUGAGGAGCUUCAGUUCCGUUAAUUAGUGUUUUGCUUCUCAUGACUGGAUCUAAAACUGUGUGGUUUUCUUUUCUUCUCUUCUUUCUUCCACAAACCAAUCACCAGGACUGACGGCAGUGCAAUUUGCAACUUAUAAAACACAUCCUUGAUUAGAAGCUCAUCAAUUCAAAAACCAAAUCAAAACUGUCUGUUAUGUGCAAAGUACAUUUACAUUUAUUCAAUUAGCAGACACUAAAUACUACAAUUAGCAAUAAUAAAUUAGCAACAAUAAAUACUACUACCACCAGAGGAUGAGAGUGCAGAAAACUAGUCAAAGUGUGGUUGAAGGAGAUAGUGAUAGAAAAUGGUGAAUAGGAGCUGCUUUGUUUCCUUACUGUAUCUGCACCUUUGCUUUUCUGUAUAUCACACAGAUACAGUCUGUUCCAGUGCAAUGUCUUUCACCACACAGGCAACAUAAGGCUACUAAAGUCAGCUGACGUUACAGCUAGUGCUCUGAAGUCGGCUUGAUGUGCACUUAGCUUAUGGUUUCUCAACACCGAUAAAUUAUACAUCUCAUAAUGUGAUUAUCAUAAUAAGUGUAAUUCAUCCUUGUUUCAUACAAAUAGUGUGAUGAAUGAACAGGAGACGUUCACAGCCUUAGUUCACGGCGUUGUGUUUCUCCUCAGAUGUCAGGCAGGUUUUGAGACUGCCAAAUCGGGUGUCGGGUGGAACGAGCAACAGUUCCCCAUCCAGGUGAAGAAGUUUGAUCGCUCUCAGAUCCAGAUGCCUGAGGGAGUUGUGGGUGAGAAGGCGGCCAUGUUCAAGAGCCUGCUGUCGAUGGAGGGGCACACGUUCAGCCCGGCGGAUGUGCUGGAGGCGGUGCAGGCGUGCCGCGAUCUGCCCUCUGCCCUCAAGUACCUCUCUCAUGAGUGCCCCAUCUGCCAGGAGCAAGUGUGCUUCAGCAAGAUGAUCACCAUGACUCACUGCUUGUGUGCCUUGUGCGAGAGCUGCUUUAAAGCCUACUUCUCCUCCGUCAUCAAAGAGAAGAACAUUGUGCACGCCGUCUGUCCCCUGUGCAAUAAGCCGGACGUGCAUGGACCUCAGAGCAUGGAGGAGUCCAUGGAGUACUUCAGUCUCCUGGACACACAGAUAAGACACUACCUUGACCUGGAGACCCAUGAGCUGUUCCAGAGGAAGCUGAGGGACCGGGCGCUUCAGGAGAUGCCAAACUUCCGCUGGUGUGCCCAUUGCUGCUUUGGGCUGCUGCAUGAGGCCGAUCGGCUGAGGAUGGACUGCCCCAGCUGUGGCAAGAGCACCUGUUCCAAGUGCAAGACUGCUUGGGCUCCCCAACACGAGGGCCUGUCUUGUGAGCGGUUCAAAGAGUGGCAGCUCCACAACAGCCAAGAGUACCAGAACACACGGCUAGAGCACCUCAUGAGCAGAAACAAAAUAGAUUGCCCCAAGUGCAAAUUCCGCUUCUACCUGUCCAAAGGUGGAUGUCUUCACUUCAAAUGCACCCAGUGCCAGCAUGAGUUCUGUGGGGGCUGUGGACGAUCGUUCAAGCUUGGCUCCGCUUGCGGGUUUUCUGCAGAGUGUGCCACUAAGGGUUUACAUGCCCACCACCCCAGGGACUGCCUGUACCACCUGAGAGACUGGAGUGUGCAUAGGCUGCAGAAGCUAUUACAGUGUCAUCGAGUGUCCAGCCCCCUCCUCCUACGGCACAAACACGGAGCAGCGGGCAGGAACUGGAGAGGUGCCAUUGAUGAGGCGUGGGUCUGUGGUGCAGGUGUGUGUGGGGUACUGGAGCACAAAGAGAGUGGCGGUACGAAAGAGGAGCCGUGUGGACGCCCUGCGCUCCUGGAGUACAGUGGCUACUGUUCGUUGCACUAUAAAGAGUGCCUUGUUGAGCUGAUCAACCAGAAGCACCUAGAUCCUGCUCUCCUGUUCGACAUCCAAGAGAUGGUUGCUGAGUUACAGAGAUGGAGGAUCCGGUUUCCACAGCAACAACCUCAUGAAUCAGACCAGCUUUACAGAGAGAAUCUAAGAAAGAUUCUGACUGCGACUGUGGACCUCUCUGCGGGUCCUUUAGGUGGGAGCGGGAACAGAAGAGUGGAGCCCUCCUCCCCCUCCUUCCCUGGGCCCCCCAGGGGAAACCCCUGGUCCACCCCACAGGCAAGCCCUGCUAAGGGCCUGUCAGAAGACUCCCAACUUCUGCUGCUACUCAAUGACUAGGGCAAGCUGCUCUUGGCCAAUAACAUCAUAAUAAUAGUUUCUGGCACACGUGUAUGCUGUACAGAAGUCCUUCUGCUUGGGCCUCAUGUGUUUUUAAAUGACAGCUUGUGACAAGGAGUGCAGAUGUAUUGAAGGUGAAGUGUCCUAUGGUUGGGUAACACAAGUGUACUGUUUUCAAUUAGUUCUCAGGGCUGCAGUACUGUUGAAGCACUCCAUGUACUUUCUGUACAAGAUAAGUAAUGUCUGUCUGUUAGCGCCAUCUAGUGAUCACUGUGAUUAUAUAUUUUCCGUUUUGUUGUAGGAUUUGAAUACUCAUUCAUUGAUUUUCUGUGACCAGGGGGGAAUACUACAAAGCCAGAUUAGUGGUAUGUUGAGCAUAAAACCUGAGGCAUGUUCAUAUAUGACAAAAGCUGAUGUUUUUCUGAACAAAAAUGCAAUUGUUCACUUUAAAUUUACAAAAUGGCAAUCAACAAGGUCAGGUUGCAAACAUUUGCCUCUGCUUGCUGAAUUUGAAGUUGCCUUGGGUGUUCCGUACCACUUGUGUUUCGUAGCAUACCCCUCAGAGGUGCUGGUUUGCAUUUACAAGACUACUAAGUAUGUGAAGCUAGUUUUUUGUGGGCUGUAAGUUAUUAAUGUCUUCAUUCUUAUCUUUUUACGUGGUUGCAGUACCACACCUUACAGUGAAUGCAUUGUGUUGAGCACUGUUUUGCACUUUGACAAAGAUAGUAAGUGUGGCCAUCCUCAAAUCCAUGAGGCGUUGAAAGACCAGAUGAAUAUACUGUUACUAAUAUUACUGUUUCACUCUUUUGACUGAGUACAUGGUACACAUUAGUUCGAUAUUCACAUAUAUUUUUUAUUUUUCUACUAAACUAACCACGGAAAAGUGAAAAGAUGACAAGAAACUUGGGACAUAGGUCUUUUCAUAGUUUGUAUUUCAAAAUCGUGUAAUUAAAUAACUGGGCAUGUGCACAAUACAAAAUA